CGGCUCUCAUUCUUGUUUUGCAUCGACGCACCAAAGCAGAAAUUAAAGAGGAGAAGAAGAGCAAGGGCAACAACAGGAACACCACAGCAGCAACAGAAAGAACGGCAAGCGCUGGGAAAAAAGCAAAAGCGUCAACGGCAACGGCUUCACAUUGGACAUGUCAUGUCAGCAAGUCUCCAGAUUCCAAGCAGCCACAUUAGCUAAAAGCACACCAGCCAGCAGGAGAAUUGCCACCGCAGCAGCAGCCGCAGCAGCAACACUGACGCCGGUGGAAAGCAUUGCCGCCGCCAAGACGACGUCCGAGGACACGGAUCCCUAUGCCUUCACAGAGACCGUGGCAGUCGCACCGCCCAUUUUAUUUAAUGCACAGAAAUCGCGAACCCGCUUAAGCGACAGCAGCAGCAGAAGCAGCAGCAACAAGAGGCAGUCGGCGACAGCAGCUGCGGCGAGCAGGAAGGCGAAUCUGGUGCUCCAACUGAAUGCCACAGCAGCAGCAGCCACCGCAAAGGCGCAGGCGUCUUUGGCGACUAACACCACCACAACCACAACGAAUUUCCAUCAUGUCACGCAAUCUCAGAGACAGUCCGCUUUGUCGCCAGUGUUGCAAUUGCAACUGCCGCUGCAAUCGUUGCAGUCACAGUCGCAGGCAUCACCGAAACGGGCCACCAACGUGUGCAUAGUCCGCCCGCAACAGCAGCAGCAGGAGAAGGAAAAGGAGUCCUGUCAGGCAACGGUUGCCCCUCCACCACCGCCACUCUAUUCCCAUACGCCGUCGCUGUGGCAGACGCCGCUGCUGCUGGACAAUGGCCAAAAACAAACCCAGCCGCAGCCUAAGCAGCAGAAGCAGUCGCAGCAGCUGCAACAGAAACCGUCGCAGCCAUUGCAGCAGAACAAACAACAGCAAAAGCAAAUUGUCCAGCAGCAGCAACACCAAAAGCAGCAACUUCUACACCAACAGCACCUCCAGCAACAGCAAAAGCAGCAGCAACAGUUGCUUCUUCAGCAGCAACAGCUAACUCUUCAGCAGCAGCAGUCGAUCGCCGUUUCGCUGGUCAGUCCGCCCACAUCGCCCGCCUCGUUAACCUCGCCCACAUUGCCACCAGCCACCGGUGCUGUGACCGCCAUGGUGGCGCCGAUCUCUGUAUCGCCCAAGGGUGGAUUGCCAUUGCCGCCAUCGAAAUUCCAUCAUACAACGUUGGCGCAACACUUGCAGAAGGUGGAAUGUUUGAAGAAAAAGAAGUCCUUGCCGUUGGCUAGCCAAAACAACAACAACAACAUAAAGAUGCUGAAUAACAACAAUAUGGUGGAAUCACUGAACAAACCGGUGCUGGCGCAGGGCUCGAACUAUAAUCAGACGCAGCCGCCACCACUGACGGUGUUCAAUAGUUCAACAGUGGCAACACCACCUCCACCGAUUGCCGCUUCGCCACAGAAACAUUCCUCCGGCAACAAUGGCGAUAACACUGGUGAUCUCAACGAGAUUCCCGUCAACGUUAUCUUCCGCAUGCCUCCAGUAGCAGGAGCUAGUGCAGCGCAGGCAACCGAUGGAGCAACGGGUAUUAAGAUGGUGACACCUCUAACGCCGCCCACACCGCCGGAGUUGUCGGCUCCCCCUUUGCUUGCUCACAUGCAUCCGCCAACGCCCACAGCUUGUGUUCCGGCUCUGACUGUUCCCAGCAACAAAGGCCUCAAUGUGGUUUCUCCGCCAGCUGUUCCCAGCUCCGAAAUUGUUUUUUCAUCACCUCCCAGCGCUUUGCAAGCCCCAUCACUUACAACAACCCCCGCCCCAGCAGCAGCCAAGAAAAAUGAACAAAUGUCUUCCAAAGCGGCCGCCAAACGUCAAGCUUCAACCACACCAAGGAGAGGCAACAACAACAAUAUUGCAGCUAAGAAAUUGCCAACCACUGCGGCGAUGCCACCGCCGCCGCCACAGGAACCAGUUGCAACGUCGCCAUCUCCGGUGUCCAUUAAAUCGGAACCCUCCGCGCAUCGCCAGCGUCGCCGCAAGCCCUCCUCCAAUCGCUGCUGCUCGGUGACUUUGAGUGAGAACGAGACCUUUCUGCCGGACUCGCCCUACUGCUUGCAGCAGCACUGGCUGCACUCUAGUUCUAGCCGGGAUCUGUCUCUGGAGAUGCCGCUCUCCCCUAGCAAUCGGCGUGAAGAACGGAUCGCUAUGCGGAAAGGACAAUUGCGGCGGCAGGCCCUCCAGCUGUUGUCCACACGUUCGCUGCAGGACAUGCCUAUGAGGGCGGCCAGACAACGGUUGCAAUGUGUCCAAAAUUUGCUGCUAAAGUACCAGGAUCAUGCCGGUCAACAGCAGGGAAUUGGCAUUGGCAAUCGCUGUCUAGUGGCCAAUUGCAAAUUGCCAACGCUUAGCAUGGCGGCGCACUGCGAUCGCCACAUUGUGAACAACAGCACCCAGCAAUUGUUCCAGCCCUGCGUGGCCUGGCGAAUGGAUGGAACUGCCUGCCAGGCUCCUGUCUUCGAUGUCCUGCACACGCUAGCCCUGUGCACAGUACACAGUCACCUGCGUGCUGGCCUGGAUGCAGCUCGUCCGCCGCCAAAGCAUGCGGCACCAGUUUCUGGAGCUGUGACGAUGUGUGUACCCGUUAAGCAGCGCAAGCGCAAAGCCAAUCCAAAUCCUGUGGCGCGUCCGCAGAAACGGGGCAGGAAACCGGCAGCCGGCGAGCAGCCGAUCACCGGCAGCAUCAACAGUGGAGCAGUGAUGAGCAACCUGCCACUCAUACCAACGGCAGGAAUGGGAAUGCAACGCAAAAACAGCACCACUUCGCUGGAGUCUAUUGCCAGCAACUCGCACUCCUCGGCCGCCUCGCACUCGCAGGUGUUGCCCUACACGCCAGCACCACAGACUAUGCCACAAUUGUCCAUACCGCCGGCCUUGGCUCCGCUUAGUGGGGAUUAUCAGUCCAAGCUGCAGCAGCAGCCGCAGCAGCAACCGCUCUUGGUCCCUAAAUUGGAGACAGGGGAGCUGCCACUGUUCACUGACCACCAGCAGCAGCAACAUUUGGAUAUUAAGGCCGAAGAAAUUAGCCAAAUUGUUGCCCAAUUGGCAGCUGCUGGUGGGGACUUACACCAAAACAACAACAAUAAUAGUAGCAACCACAAUCAUAAUACUAACAACAAUAGCGUGCACUUCAACAAUAAUAACAACAAUAUAAGCUAUAGCAACAAUAAUAACCAGCACAGUUUCCCCUCAUUCAACACGGCUUUUGGCAAUGCUAUGGGUCAGCCCAUAGUUACAACAACACCAGUAACAGCAACAAUCACGCACAACGGUUCAGCUGUUACUCCAGCUCCUGCUAUCCUGGCCAAUACGGCAGAUUUGCUGGGACAGGAUAUGUUUGGAAUCUGUGAAAACAGCUCAGCUUAUGCCAGUUCCGAGGACACGGGUCUGGGUGGAAUCAGCGAGUCGGAGCUAAUGGCGGGCGCUCACGAUGCUGAUGAUAUAGCAUUGAACGGUGCCCAUUUGCUGGAAGAGCACGAUCUGGUCAAUGUGUUCGACACGCUGCCGGACGAUGCCUUCAACGAGCUGUUCCAAUCCGUGCAACAAGCCGAGUGCGAGGCCAUGGACCGGGCGCUGGAGAUUGCCGAUAAGAACCUCAAGUGUCUGCAGCAGACGAUCGGCGGUUCGGCGGACAGUGCCGAUUUCCUUAACGAUUUCCUCGACGUGAGCGAUGAUCUGCUGGCGGAUGCCGUGAUGCACUCACCGAACACGUCCGGCAUCGAUGCCGCCACGCUGUUUGUGGACAGCAGCAGCGGCGGCGGCAACAGCAGCAGUAACGGCGCCUCCACCGACAUCCGGGGCCUAGUGCUGCAAACCUAAUUUGCGCCGCUUUCCAGGCUGACUAUAUAUUUUCAAGAGAGACAGAGAUUUUUAAAACUUUUACUUCUGAGCAAACUCCGCCAAGAAAUUUUCAAUCAUUUUCUUUACAAUUUCGGACAAAUUUUCGAUUCAUAUCUCAAUUUAAACGAAUCCGUUUAGAUACAAUUUGUUGCUUAAUAUAGCAUUCAGAAAUUCAUUCACAUAUGCGUUACUGUAAAAAUCUAAACAAAGAAAAAAAAUACAUAAAACUUAUAUAAAAUCUGAAAAAAAAUGUCCAAAAAUAUAUAAAUAUUAAUUCAAUUUAAACAAAGAAAGGUACGGAGUUUAGAAGAAACUUAAUAUUGUAAAUUCGCGGGAAACUGUAGCAUUACAUAAUUCUCUUAAAGUAAUUUAAUUUGUUAGUGAACCAACAACAGAGGAUUGUGUAGAGAGCAGCUUUAUUAAACCUAUAAAUAAACGAGAAAAAGUAUAUUUAUAAAAGUAACAGCAAACAGAAAGCAGAAAACCGAAUUAGUAGGAAAUAUAGCAACAAAUUAAAACUUCUGAAGUAAAAUAAAAGGCACCGAACGCGAAACAUUGCGUGAGUUCGUUGAAAGCCUAAAAAAAGUAAGCCUAGAAUUUUGUUUAAACAUUUUGUGAGCGCGCAUUUAAAACAACAAGAACGACAACAAAAACACUGUACACAGCCCAAAAAAAAAAUCGCAAUUCAUUAAGGAAACCAGAAAAAGAUAAACAAAAGCUAGUUAAGCAAAGAGUUUUAGUUUUGUUUAUUUCUUGAUUUGCACUAUACACUAACACACAGCAUAAGCAAAAAACAACACACAACAUACA